UUGACUUAAAGCAAAAGCAUCUGGUAAAGAAUAAGAUCUAAAAUGACUUUCCUUCCAAAGUGGUUAAUGUUUCUAAAAGGCAAAGAGGUUAUUAUUGCUAAUGCUAUAAUUGCAAUAUUGACAAUUGGUGGGCAGCAACUUUUCUCUUUUUUUACAUUUAGCUGUCCCUGUCAUGUUGGGCAGAACCUUUUUUAUGGGCUGGCCUUCCUAGGAGUUCCUGCACUGAUCCUUCUGGUUGUUGGCUAUGCCCUGAAUAACCAGACUUGGAGGCUGGUUACAGGCAAAAGUUCUCCUCUUUGGGAAGAGACGAUGCCUAACCGGUUGCUGCAAUGCAAACUGAUCUGCUUCGUCUUGUGCAGCAUCACUGGGAGAGCACUGGUUGCUCCAGUAACAUGGCUAGCAGUCACCCUGAUAAAUGGCUCAUAUUAUGUCUGUGCUGUCAGCGAGUAUGUGCCUGUGCACUACUACGGAGUUAACCUUAAUGUUACUGCCAGUGAACACAGAAAGAUAUUGGCUGCAUUUCCAUGCAGUCAGUUAGUUCCUUUGGAGCUGACCCGGGCAAGAGAUGAAGUGAUUCUCCUACUCCGGUACCAGUCACAAGUGGCUGGCUGGCUUCUCAUUGCUGUGGUAGUCAUCACUGUCUUCCUGUCCUACUGCCUGGCAAGCUGUUUCUCCCCACUCAGCUUUCUACAUUUCAGAUACUGGAGCAGCUAUGUCCAUAAUGAGCAGGAGCUCUUUGAUGAAGCAACAGAGGAGCACUCCAGGCUCUAUGCCAUGCAGCAUGUAAGGAAGUUCUUUGGCUUUGUCCCAGGGAGUAAAAAUGUAAAGGAAAUCCGUAUCCCAUCUCUCAGAGAAUGGCAAGCCAUUUCUGGACUGGCCUUUCUAAAACAAGUGGAUGACGAGCACUAUGACUACAGCCUUCUCCAUGACUGGGCACUCAAGGAGUCUGCAAAUGGAAAAUUCCUGAAGACUGAUGAAGACACUUUAAUCCACUCUGAGGGUCCAAGCCCCCAGCAACACCUUGCAGAAAAGCAGGAAUGUGUCUAG